AAAUGAAGUACUGUAUGCACUAGUAGGAAGCGUUUAUCAAUAUGGCGCUGCUGCAGGUCCUGCCUCUGAUUUAGAACAUUCUAUGAAUCUCUUAACUUAAGCUUGAUAUGACUAGAGGAGUUUGUUUCAUUUAUGACUGUUGGUAUAUACAUCAAAAAUCAAAAUUACAAAGGCAUUAAGUUUAUUAAUGUUAUUGUACACACAGACAUUCGACAACGCCAUCUACUGAUCCAAUGUCGAAAUAUUCAUCUCUUCGAAUUUCGAUUACAUCUUAACUUUAUAAUAUACAUAUUCAUUAAAUAUAAAAGAGGCCAAAGGAGUAGAAUGUAAUUUAAUCAAAAGUUUGUAAUUUUGUUGACAGAGUUCAAAACUAAGAAGUGAAAAUUGAUUUCAUAUACUGUGUUAAUAUUCCUACAGUUCACAAAUAAUUCAUUUCAUAACAUGUUAAGUCUCAACUAGGUAUAAGGGAUUCGAUAUAUAUUUCCCUUGCAACUAGAUAUGCCUUGGCCUAAUCUUUGCAACAACAUCAUUGGUUAAAGAUAAAAGAUGUCUCUUAAAAUCAAAUGUAAAACACCUAGAGCAAUGCCAGCAGAAGCAGUUUUGACAAGAAGCAAAUUGGCACAGUUGAAACAAAACAAAAUCCAAAAAAAAGUAAAGAUUCCUGAAAAUGAAUCAUUGAGACUUAAAAAUGGAAAACGAAAAAUAUCUGUGGAUAAAGUUCAAUGUAAAGAACUUCAACCAGAUAAAGUAAAGAGAAAAAUUGAGCUUAAGAAGGUGAAGCUAAACCCAAAACAUAAUCAAAUAGUUAUAGCAGAUAUGAAAAAAUGUAAUAAACGAAAACAGAAUGUCCCUAAGAGAGAUGUCCCACAAGCAAGUUUUAAAGUAGUGAGCACCCCUCCCAGCGACAAUGAAAAAUCUGUAUUUGAAUUAAUAACUCUUGUAGAUGGGACACAAGAAAUGGAUGAUGAUGAUUUUCUUGAAAUACUGACAUGUCCCAGCCCAGUUUGGUGGGAAGAUCCACCACCUGGAUAUUCUGAAGAUCCAAUAUCAGUAGAAUAUAAAGUCAAGAAAGAAAAACCAAGUAGGGAAGAUAACCAGAAAGUCAAAAAAAUUGAAAUGAACAUUACGAAGGAAAAUUUCAUUGAGGAAAACAAUACAAGUGUCCGUAAAGAUAACAAAAACAAUGGAAAAUUUGUUAAUAAAUCUAAAAACUUAGAAACUUUGUUAGGUUAUAUUAAAAAUAGAAAGCAUAAAUCUGCAAAUGUCUGUGACAGUAUAAGAAAAAAUGAACUUAGUAUAAAUAUAAAUGAAUUAAAAGAAAAUAAUGAAGUUAGUGAAAAUGACAAGGUAAUGAAAAAUGAUUUUGAUGACAAAUCAAAAAAUGAAAUUAAACCUAUAAUCAAUGAAUUAAAUCUAGAAAAAAGUAUAAAAAUUGAUAAUUUAUCUGAAAAUGCAAUCAAAGUUACGGAAAGAAGAAGUCCUUUAUGUAUAGAUCUUAAUUCAGAUGAAACAGACCAUGAAGACUUAAUGAAUGUGUCGCUUGAUGACCAUUCAUUAUUCUUUUUGGAAAAUAUAGAAAUUCCCAUUGUAAAUGAGUUAUGAAUUAAAUAGAUGCUAUGAAUUAUUAAUAUCUUCAGUUUAAACUACCUGUUUUGAGACACCCAAAUAACCAAUGGUUCUGAUUGAUUAAACAAUGGUGAUGAAUUCAUCUCUGCAGGAAAAUUUAUUUAUUUCAAGAAAUUUGAAUUUUUCAAUUUCCAACUGGAAUGUUAUUUUUUUUUUAGAACCAGGUAUUAUUGU